UCCGCUUUUUACGCUCUCUGGAAAAUGACAGCUCGCAGCGCUCUGCCGAAAAUAUGCAAAUUUCUCAAAGUGGUGGCGUUAAUUAUGUUCCUUGCGCUGCUCGGUUUGUUUCUCGUGGUUACAGUAAGGACUUUCACAAUAGAGGUAAACGCAGGACUUCAGCAUGCACAGUGGGAAAAAACAGCGUUCGUAUCGGCUGAUCUAAGCGCCGCGCAGAGGGACGUCCUGCUCGCUAAUUUCAAAGAGGCCAUUCGUAUUCCUACCGUGUCAUUCUCAGACUCUCACCAGAAUAUAAGUGCUCUGCAAGAGUUCGGUCAUCUUCUAAAAAGAGUCUUCCCAACAAUCUUCUCAUCCAGUUUGGUUAAGCAUGAGGUGGUGGAGAAUUACAGCCACCUGUUCACUGUGUCAGGCACCGAUCCUGAGCUGGUGCCCUACAUGCUGCUGGCACAUAUUGACGUGGUGCCAGCCAGUGAGAAUGAUGGGUGGGAGUUGCCUCCCUUCUCAGCUGAAGAGAUGAAUGGAUUUAUUUAUGGACGAGGGACCAUUGACAAUAAACAGGCUGUCAUGGGGAUCCUUCAAGCUCUGGAGUACUUGUUGGAGCGAGGAUAUGUUCCACGGCGAGGGUUUUAUGUUGGCCUGGGUCACGAUGAGGAGAUCAGCGGCAAUGCUGGAGCAGCAAACAUCGUCAAAGUGCUAAGGAGUCGUGGGGUGAAAUUACAGUUUCUUGUAGAUGAAGGCCUUGCAGUACUGGAUGGAAUUAUAAACGGUCUAAAUGGACCAGCUGCACUGAUUGGUGUCACUGAAAAAGGGCAAGCCACAAUAAAGCUGAGUGUCAGUAUGAAGCCAGGUCAUUCCUCCAUGCCUCCCAGGCAGAGCAGCAUCGGCAUCCUGGCUGCUGCUGUCACAAGGCUGGAGGAUUACCCAAUGCCUAGACUGUUUGGCUCCGGCCCUGAGCGAAGCACUUUUGAACACCUUGCACAUAAGUUUGCCCUGCCUUUUAGAUUCAUCAUGUCCAAUUUGUGGCUUUUCAUCCCAUUAAUGAGCAGGGUAAUGGAGAGGAAGCCUGAUAUGAAUGCUUUUGUGCGGACUACUACAGCAGUCACCAUGUUCAACUCUGGUGUGAAGGUCAACGUCCUCCCAUCGUCUGCUGAGGCUUUUGUGAACCUGCGCAUUCACUCUGCCCAAACACUGCAAGAGGUAUUGGAGUUGAUUGAAUACACCAUAUCAGAUGAUCGUGUAAAAGUGAAUCUGACAAACGGCUUUGACCCCCUCCCUGUCAGUUCCUUUGACGAGCAGUCGUUUGGUUUUCAGAUAAUUAAGAAGACCAUAUUGGACAUGUUUCCUGAUGUCACUGUUGCUCCAGGCGUCUGUGUUGGCAACACUGAUAGUCGACAUUAUACACCUCUGACCAAGAACAUUUAUCGCUUCAACCCAACCUGGUUCAAACCAGGUGACCCCCAGAGAUUCCACGGCAUCAACGAAAGGAUCUCCAUCAAAAACUACGAAGAGCUUGUGCUUUUUUACUUUCGACUCAUCCAGAACUGUGACAUAAAAAAACUACCACAAUUACACAUCAGCGAACAUGAUCUCUGAUUUAUUCUUGCAGCAUGUGUUUCAGACCGCUUUAAUGCAAUCGUUCAUAUUUUAAGAUAGCAUUGUAAUGAAAACAUGCAGAGGUUUUGAUAUGCAAGUCAAUCUGCGAGUUGGGAUUAAACACAGCAUCUAUUUUUACGCUCGGUUUAUUUUACAUUUUGUCUGAAUUUCUUUAUUAAACAAUUUGACUUUGGAGUACAGUAUUUUACUCAGGGGUAUCCAAUCUCAGGGAUCAUUUUAAAUGCAGUGUGAUGUACAAAUGAAUAAUACUUGCAAACUUUCAAAACAAACAUGACUAAUGUUUUUAAGGCCAAAAUAUGACAAUAAUUCAAGUGCUGUAUAUGUGCAGAUAAGCUGUGUUGCUGUAAACACUAUAAAUAAAGGAUGUUAAAGAAAGCUUAGACUGUAUGGCAAAAAGUUUGUGGACACCUAAACAUCAUUCCUAAUUCACUGUCACUUUGCUUUUAUAAUAAUCGCCACUCUUCUGGGAAAUUUUUCUACUAGAUUCUGUUGUUUGACUGUUGGGAUUUACCUUUAGCAUUCUAAUUAGUUGCAUUGAGGUGCAGACCACUGGAAUUCCUCCACUGCAAAAUUGGCCAGUCCUGACUUCAUGGAGCUCGCUUUGUGGACAUGGGCACUGUCAAGCUGGAACAUGUUUGAACACCUGAUGCCAUUAAUAUAACACAUAAAUCUUGUACAAAUUAGGUACCAUAUUUAGCUAGUUUGCAGCCUGGUAAGGCAAAAAGUGAAAAAUCACACAAUUACAAUCACUUGCCACUUUAUUCUGUACAUCUUGCUAGUACUGGUUUGGACUCACUUUCGCCCUUAGAACUGCCUUUUUUGGCAAAGAUUCAAGAAGGUUGUGGAAACAUUCCUUGAAGAUUCUGAUCCAUAUUGCCAUGAUGGCAUUGCAGCUGCUGCAGGUUUUUUGGCUGCACAUUCACAAUGUGACUGCCGUUCCAUCAUAUCCCGUAUUGGAUUGAGAUCUGGUGAUGCUGGAGGCCAUUUGAGUACAGUGCCAUGUUCAAGAAAUCAGUUUGGGAUUAUUUCAAAGUUUUUUUAAUCACAUUUCCCCCCAUAUUGAUUCAUGCCUAAAUGUAUUGAGUUGCUGCCACAUGAUUGGCUGAUUAGGUAUUUGCGUUAACAGCCAGUUAUGUUAACAGUUGUAUGAAUACAUGGCUAAUAUAAUUUAAGGAUACAGAAUCAUUGACAAAAGAGUUUGAUAAUAAGGAAUACAUAACUGCACAGUCUCACGCCCCACAUAAAGUGUGGAUUAAAUUUAAAUCUUUUGGUCUCUGUCUUCACUUUCUUGUCAACGUAAUAUAAAGGUCCCAUGCCUGUGGUUACACACAGUUCAAUGAAUAUCAUCCCAAGACAUUUAAGUAAGAAAGAACGAAUUUCUGUGUCCUAAGACAUAGAGAAGGCAGAGAAAUUAACUUUCUUAAAAGUCAACAGUGUUUACAAUUUACAAUUUGAAACUAAUGUAAUUGGUUGUUCACCUUUGCAAUCUACCGUAGCUUUGACAAAUGCAUCUGCAAGGGAUUUUAAACACACCCUCAAGUGUGCGCACACCAAGAGAUACCAUGGUCACUUCAAGGACAUGGCACAUGUGGCAGGGCAUUUAGGCCACCACCAACUACAGGACAAUGACCCCUGCAUGUGACAAGGAUGUCUUUCUUACAGAUGCACUGAAUAGCUUCUAUGCCCAGUUCAAGGUACAGAAUGACAUGCUGGUAAAAAAAAAAAAACACCCUUUCCUUAAACGACCAGGUACUCUGUCUUACUACAGCUGAUGUGAGGAAAACUCAACCCAAGAAUGGCUGCUGAGCGAGACACCAUUCCUGGCAAUUUUCUCACAGACAUCUUCAACUUCUUCCUGAGCAGUGUUGCCAUUCUGACAUGCUUCAAGUCCAUGACUAUUGUUCUCAUACCCAAUAGUCUUCACUGUCCUGUUGCACUCUCAUCCACCAUUACGAACUGCUUCAAGAAGCUGGACAUAGGCUGCAUCAUGAUCCUUCUGCCACCCUCAGUUGAACUCCCUGCAGUUCGUGUAUCAUCCUAACAAUUCAACAGAUAAUGCCAUCGUCACCACCCUCCAUCUUUUACUCACCUGGGAAAUAAAGACAGGCAUGUUCAAGUGCUGUUUAUAAGCUUCAUUUCAGCAUUUUACACAAUCAUUGCUCAGCACCUGCUCAAAAAUUUAAGUCUUUUGGAAAUGAACACCUCCAGUCUGUCCAGCAGCACCACAUUUAGCACUGGGGCCCGCUGGAAUGGGUGCUCAGUCCACCACUGCUAUUCAAUCUGCUGACUCACAACUGUGUAGGAAUGCACAGCCCGAAACACAUCAUCAAGUCCUGGGAUUACCAGACUGUGGUGGGUUUCAUCAGCAAGAAUGGCGAGUCAACAUACAGAGGUGAGGUGCAGCAGUUAAAGGACAAGCUGUGUAUGAAUAUGGAGAAAAACUAAAAAGAUUAUGAUUAAUGACUUAUCACCAGUUUCAUAACCAAGGCAUAACCUAGAGGUAAAAAAAAGCCCAACUACCUUCUCCUAUCCUCACUACAUUCUACAGAAGACUUUUGAGAGCAUCUUAAGCAGGUGCAUUACUGCCGGAUUUGGGAUCCGCGCCGUCAUGGAUCAUAAGACACUGCAGCACAAAUUGGAGACAACUGAGAAGAUCAUCGGGGUCUGUCUUUGCUCCAUCAUCUUCCUUAGUUAGUUUUUGUUAAUUUAUGUGUAAUUUAUGUUAGUACUAUCUGUCUUGUCUCUGCUAGCCAGCUAACUAGGCCACUUAGUUAGCUAGUUGAGUUUCUCUGUUAAUUUAUGUUGUAAAUUUAUGUUGCAUGUAGCACCUUGGUCCUGGAGGAACGUUGUUUCGUUUCACUGUGUACUAACUGUAUAUGGUUGAAAUAAAGCCUACUUGGACUUGAACUUCAUAGACAUAGGCCACCAGCAUCACCAGCAGGGCCACACACUCACCCCUUAUACACUUUUUACUCUUCUUGGAAAAAGUUAUAUUUUUGGGAUUGUUUUGGACACCAUUCUAUUUCAGUCUUUUUGUAAUGAUUUUAUUUUUAUUUAGUUAUUUUUUUAGG